CUGCGGCGGCUCCUCCUCGCUGGAAGCCCCGGCGCUUUUGGCUGCCCUUUGAAGUCGGAGAGGGAGAAGGAGGGAGGGAGCGUCUGGGGCUGCUGCUGCUGCUCCUGCUGCUGCUCCUUCGCUCCGAGCCGCCGCCGCCACCGCCGCUCCCAGCGCCCAUCCCCGCAGCAUCCAUCCCCCCCCUACCCGGCUCCGGAGCAUCCAUCCCCCUCCUGCCCGGCCCCGGAGCAUCCAGCUCUGCCCGGCUCUAGGAUAAACUCUGAGCGAGCUCUGUUAUUGGCUUUGAGUCAGAAGUGUCUGGAAGCCUUAAUGAAAACCAAGUGUUAAGGCAAGUCGCAGCCACCUGUCCCCGGCAUCCCCAGCCAAGCGCCUUGGGCUUCCAUUAAUCAAUGGAUUUGCCUCUUGGAAAGAGGCUUUUGCAUGCGGGACCUCAACCCUGGGGCCAUGGCAAAGCGGAGAUGGGGACCUGGAAGCCCUCUGGAUGAAGAUAUCUAAGUGGAAGUGGAGCAGCAUCUCCAUCAGUGUGCGGUCCCAGCUGAAAGGCACCCUGGCCCUUCUUCUCGUGGGCAACGUUGCCUUUGUGAUAGCUCAGGACCUGGCGCAGACCUCCAACAGCCUGGAGGAAGGAGCAGACGUCACCGCGUACUGGUGGGGCGAGUGGACCAAGUGGACGGCAUGUACCAGGACCUGCGGGGGAGGCGUGAAGUCCCAGGAGAGGCACUGCCUGCGGCAGAGAAGAAAGUCAGUGAGUGGGCUGGCUAAUAAAACUUGCACUGGAACAUCCAAAAGAUACCAGCUCUGCAAAGUACAAGAGUGCCCUGCGAACGGAAGGAGCUUUCGAGAGGAACAGUGUUCAUCAUUUAACUCCCAUGUGUAUAACGGCAGAACAUAUCAAUGGAAACCUUUAUAUCCUGAUGACUAUGUUCACAUUUCUAGCAAGCCCUGUGACCUCCAUUGCACCACUGUGGAUGGUCAGAGACAGUUAAUGGUUCAGGCUCGGGAUGGAACAUCCUGCAAAUACACUGAUUUCCGAGGGGUUUGCGUGUCUGGAAAAUGUGAGCCGAUUGGAUGCGAUGGCAUUCUCUUUUCCACCCACACCUUGGAUAAAUGUGGAGUUUGCCAAGGAGAUGGGAGCAGCUGCACUCACGUGACCGGCAGUUACCGGAAAGGAAAUUCUCAUCUUGGCUAUUCUCUGGUAACGCACAUUCCUGCUGGAGCAAGGGAUAUCCAGAUUGUGGAACGGAAAAAAUCUGCAGAUGUUCUGGCUGUGGCAGAUGAAGCCGGGUACUAUUUCUUCAAUGGGAACUACAAAGUUGACAGCCCGAAAAACUUCAACAUUGCAGGCACGGUGUUCAAGUACCGCAGGCCCAUGGAUGUUUAUGAGACCGGCAUCGAGUAUAUUGUCGCACAAGGACCGACAAAUCAAGGGUUGAAUAUAAUGGUCUGGAAUCAAAAUGGCAAGAAUCCAUCCAUCACGUUUGAAUACACCCUCCUGAGGAAGCCACACUCAAAAAAUCUGCAGCCCAUCUACUACACCUUCUCAGAGUCAGAUAGUGAAGAAAGCAGAGAGUUCGAUGGAGACGUGCCAUUGGGUUUUAUCCAGCACAAUGCAACGUAUUUUGGGAAAAUCUCCAGGGAAGGGAUAGACUUGGAGAACCAGGUGUUUGGAAGGCAGGACACGGAGGAAGAUUUAAACUUGAGCAAAGGUCAGGAAACCAAUGAGGUCUAUGAAAGAGCAGAAACAAUUGACUGUGAGCCAAAACUGAAGGGCAAACAACCCCAAGAUUCAAACGUAACCAGGUCUACUUACCAGACAGACCAUGACAACAGAGACAUCGACCUCACGCUUAGCUCCAGAGAAUUCCAUUCGGAGAACGCCAUCACGGACAAGCUGCUAGACAAGACUUCGGACUCCAAGGAGUUGGUGCUCAACAUGACCAUGAACAGCAUCUUUGCCCAGGGAGACCCAAUCAACUCUGUGGGGUCACACAUUGACAGCCUCUAUGUUGACUACGAGGACACCGAUGGUGUUAUGACCUACGCCAUUAAUAGCACCUACAUGGAGCUGAGCAACGGCAAAGCCAUCAAUGCGUCUGCAGAGACGCCUUUUUCAAAUGUCACUGUCACCGUGACCAGCCCUCAAGGGAACAGAACCCACAAAGCAAGAAACAGAUUGAAGUUGUUAAGAAAGGGCCAAGGUGUGAGUGCUGCUGACAUGUACAGGUGGAAGCUUUCCUCCCAUGAACCCUGCAGCUCUACAUGUACCACAGGAGUGAUGUCCACAUAUGCUAUGUGUGUUCGCUAUGAUGGGAUCGAAGUGGAUGAUACGUACUGUGAUGCCAUGACCCGUCCCGAGCCCGUCCAUGAGUUCUGUGCUGGGAGAGAGUGCCAGCCAAGGUGGGAGACGAGCAGCUGGAGCGAGUGCUCCCGCACCUGCGGGGAGGGCUACCAGUUCCGCAUCGUCCGCUGCUGGAAGAUGAUCUCUCCAGGAUUUGAUAGCUCUGUCUAUAGUGACCUCUGCGAGUCCGCUGACAUCACCCGCCCAGACGAGCGCAAGAUCUGCAAGAACCCAGCCUGCGGGCCCCAGUGGGAGAUGUCGGAGUGGUCUGAGUGCUCAGCCCGGUGCGGAGAGCGGAGCGUGGUGACACGGGACAUCCGCUGCUCAGAGGAUGAGAAGCUGUGCGAUGCCAACACUCGGCCCCUGGCUGAGAAGAACUGCACAGGGCCACCGUGCGACCGGCAGUGGACUGUCUCCGACUGGGGACCGUGCAGCGGCGGCUGCGGGCAGGGCAGGAUGAUCCGACACGUGUACUGCAAAACCAGCGACGGGCGGGUGGUGCCGGAGUCGCAGUGUAACUUGGAGACGAAGCCGCUGGCCAUCCAUCCCUGUGGGGACAAGAACUGCCCCUCGCACUGGCUGGCGCAGGACUGGGAGCGGUGCAACACCACGUGCGGCCGGGGUGUGAAGAAGAGGAUUGUGCUCUGCUUGGAGAUCGUCAAUGGGAAGAUCAAGACCCGCAGCCCUGCAGACUGUGACAUUACCAAGAAGCCCUUGGAGGAGACGACAUGCUUUGAGCGGCCGUGCUUCAAGUGGUACACGACCCCCUGGUCAGAGUGUACGAAAACCUGUGGUAUCGGCGUGAGGAUGCGGGAUGUGAAGUGCUACCAAGGGAAGGACAUUGUUCGGGGCUGCGACCCGCUGGUGAAGCCGGUUGGCAAACAGACCUGUGACCUGCAGCCUUGCCCCACAGAGCCCCCAGGUGAGCCCUGCUGCCAGCAGCAGCCCCCCCGGCAUGGAUUUUCCACUGAUCUCCCCCCCAGGCAGCACUGCCUCGCAUCUUGGCUUCCACCGACCCCCAGUCUGAGGGUCAUCCCUGGGAGGAUGCAAAGAGAACACCUCUCCCUCUGUGCCCAAGUAACGGGGCACCACGCACUGCCUAUUUCCAGAGGCAACCCUGUUAAAUUAAGGGGAGAGUUCCAAAGAAGCAUUCUCCGGCCUUAAGAUAAAAAGGAGCCUCAGAGAGCUGAUUCGGGUGCUGCUUCUGUGUGAUUCCAGCUAAUGUCUAGGAAGUUUUGUCUGUGCCAUCACUUUAAUGAUUUUUGGUCUCCAAAUGUCCUGCGGGAUUUGUAACUAUCUCGUUAUCUCACUUGUCUGCUGGCUCAAAGCCUCUGUGAUCUUUAGUGAGCACGUGGUUUUAAUUCUUUAAUAGGAUUUGGGAAUAAGGUUGGUGGAGAAAAGUAUGAAAAUGGGAGACAGAGUUGGGGCUGGCUCCUGGCCCUGCUCUGGACCUACUGGGUGCACUUGGCCGACUCCUGCAGGGUCCAGGGUGUGAUGCGGUGCUUGUAAAGUGCCUUAUGGUCCCCCUCGGAGCAAGCUGCUGACCCUCGGAGCAGUCUGGUUUCAUGCAUGCUAUGGACUUUUAAGUAAAAAAUAUAUAUACAUAUAUAAAUAUUAAAUAUUUUUUGUAUAUGUAUACAGAUAAAUAUAUAUAAAACUAUUGGUUUGAAGCACAACCCUGCUCUGAAGUGUUGUGCAAGAGUGGUGCAGUGCUCUCUGGCCUCCUCCCUCUCUCCAGCAGCUCACUCGCCCUUAACUCCUGCUGUAACACUGCUGGAUUUCCAUUUCCUUUCUCAAACAGACCCUUUGGGGCAGAAAUGGUGAGUCUGUUGGAGUCGCCCUGUGCCAUACCAGUCCCAGGGCAGCUCCGUUUCACAGGGAAGAGCUUGAGGUUUGGGGCUGGGACCAAAUAAGACUCCUCCAGGCCAGGUGUGAUGAAAUGGAUCAACCUUUUCAUACCUUUGCAUGAUGGUAUUUAUGGAAAAACUCCAUGGUGUUUUCCAGGCGAUGCUCUGCCAGAUAUCGGGGAGGUGGCAGUUGCAGCCAGGUGAUUUGUUGCACAGCCUGUGCUGUUUCGGGGCAGGCAGUGCAUGGAGGAAAGCGAGUUUGCAAUGGUUUUGCUUUUCUUUUCCCUUUCCAUAUCGGUGCCUUUUGCCUUCUCUCCCCAGAUGACAGCUGCCAAGACCAGGCAGGAACCAACUGUGCUUUGGCCAUCAAAGUCAACCUGUGCAGCCACUGGUACUACAGCAAAGCCUGCUGCCGCUCCUGCCGCACGCCCCACUCCUAGUGUCGGCAGCAUCCUUCGCAAGGGCUCCGUAUACCAUUUAGUAAACACCACCCAUCCCACAGACUGGUGUUAAGGAUGCUUUUGGGUUGUUUGUUUUCCCCCCACCCACGCAGAACUCUCCUUGUCCCUCUCUCUUGCAGAGGACGGUGUUGGCAGGGCUUGGUUGCAAAGCUGUUAUCGCUGUACAUUGGUAGCCCCCUUCAUCAGAGCUGUACAUAACGUCGUGUAUAUUUGAUUCCCCCGAACUGCAGACGUGUUUCACAAGGUCUUGUCCUUUGGUUUCUCUCCUCUAUGCAAGUUUGGGGUUGAGGAGGGGAAGGUGUGAACUCUGUGAAGUGCGAGUUUCCCUUCGCAAAGGGGGUUAGUGCCUCCCUCCUAAUUUAUCCUCGAGACCUGUGUGCUCUCGUUAGCUGCAUUCAAGGUGGUGGGAAGCUGGCUGUCGUUUGCUAAAUGAACUCAAGCCCAAGCCCUAUUUCUUUUUUGUGUAAUAUGUAGGUGUAUACUUUUUCAGAGAAUUUUAUCUUAUAAUCAAAUGUUAGUUCCAUAGUCCUUACUCCCCACCCCCCCGUAAUGCUGACAUUGUAUAUAAUAUGGAAACAUAACUGCACUUUAUAUCACAAAAAAAAGACGUGCUCUUUUUUAAUAUAUUUGUUUACAGACAGUGAACUUUAUCCAUAUAAUCAUUAAUUUGUACUCAUAUGUAUAUUUUAAUAAAGUUGUCAUAUUUA